AGAUGGUGAGCUGUGUGAAAUUGUGAUAGAGAAUGGGUCCCAUAACCCAUGUGCCCUCUUCCUGUCUCCACCAGCUCCUGCCGCUCAAUGAUUAGAGUCUCUGUUCCCCACUCUUCCCUCCAUAGCCUUUCUCUUCUUCAUUCUUCUUCGCAAAACUCACCACUUUUCGAUUCCCCACCCAGAACCCAACAAAACCCUUACAAUUAAGUUCAUUUCUGUCCAUAUGUCAAACGCCGAUACUCCUCCUACUACCGCCGUCUCAAUUUCCGACCACCAUCCUCAAAGACAACAACAAGUCGCAGGUAAUGGAACUGUUAAGAAGCCACCUGCAAAGGACCGACACAGUAAAGUCGACGGCCGAGGAAGACGCAUCCGCAUGCCAAUCAUCUGUGCUGCACGUGUCUUCCAGCUUACACGAGAACUAGGUCACAAAUCAGACGGCCAAACUAUCGAAUGGCUAUUACGUCAAGCAGAACCCUCGAUAAUAGCUGCUACAGGAACUGGAACUACUCCAGCUAGCUUCUCAACCGUUUCACUCUCCGUUAGAAACUCUUCAAACCUAUCAAUCUCUGCUGCACUUGAUCAGAAACCCUCUCACCAGUUGGUCACCGCGGCUGCCCCUUUUAUCCUUGGAAAACGUUUACGCUCCGACGAUGAUACCAUUGACGGUGGUGGGGUUGGAAAGGAAGUCGACGUGGUGGGUCCUGGAUCAGCUGCUGGAUUCUGGGCUUUGCCAGCUCGGCCUGACUUUGGUCAGGUUUGGAGUUUUGCUGCGCCGCCGGAGAUGGUUGUACCGACGCCACAACAACCAAUUUCAGGGAGAUUUAUUCCGCAUCACCACGCAGCUAUGACGGAUGCAUCGGCCGGGAGGGUUGCUAAUUAUCUUCCUAUAGCUCAGGGCCAUUUGAAUUUACUUGCUUCCUUAUCGGGUGCUCCGGCGACCUCUUCAGGGAGAAGAGAUCAUGAUCAACGCUGAAAGUGUGGUAACAAUCUAGUUUAAUUAUAUAUAUAUAUAUAUAUGUUGGUUAAUUUGUGUGUGAGUGAUGAUGACAAUGAUAUAACCUAGAGAAAGCUUCUGUAGAAAUUUUCUAGGACUAGAGUUUUUGAUGAACCCUUAGGCUAGGUUUUUUUUUCUAUUACUUUGGAGGGAUUAAGGUUUCUUCCAAAAAUCUGCCUUGCUGCAAUCAUGAGUAAUUUGAAUUUUUGGCAUAACUGGGACAAACAAGAACCAAUCAAACUGGGAUAUGUUCUAUGAAUGUGGACCCUUUAUUGAGUGAAGAUUCAACUGGUGCAGAAGAAGUACUAUUGGGGAAGAAAAAUUAACCCAUUUAAAAAAGUAUGCAUGGGAUUUUUGGUUGACUGUGAAAUUUAUUAUUGAAAGAUUAUAUCAAAUUGGCAUGCAAUUGGCCGGGUAGAUCCAAUUCUGUCACCCAAUAUCCAUAUAUAUAUGGAGUUGUUGGUGGUUUGUUUACUCGCGGUUGAUCCAUUUUUCAAGGUUCUUCACCUCGAUCUCUCAUGAAGAGAGGUUUUCUUUCUUUCUUUCUUUUUUCUUUCAAAGUGUGUUGUGAAAACUCUGGUUCAUUUCCAGAUCUAUAUAAUUCUUAUGGGCAUUUUCAUUUGAAUAGGUAUUCCUUUGAUUGUCAUAGUGAUAAAUAAACUAGUGGUAAUUUCUCUUGUAUCUGAAUUGGAUUAUUUGUGGGUGACUAUUUAAUAAUAAAAGCCCAUUUCUUCA